AUGCCUGCCACGACGGUCAACAACGUGCAGAACAGCACGCGGCACAUCAACGCAACCACCCGCAUACAUGACACACACCACCACACCUGGCAGAAUACCACUUCCGAGUCCUACGAUGAACUGAGCCGUAUCCGCCUUCAGUUGCGUCAACUUCGGGCCGACAAUACGCGCGAGGAACUCGAUCGCUCGUUUAAAGUAUUUGAACACGAGCGCCAGCAGUGGCGUGUCAAAGAGACUGAACUCAUACAUCAGUUGCAGGCACUCCUCAACGAAAAUGCCACGCUCAAGCACCAGGCCAACCUUCGAUCAGAGUCCAUCGUGCACUUUGAGGGUGAGCUUAGCGAAGCCGUCAGUGCCAUGUCAACUGAGCGCCAACAUUGGUUGCACGAGCGUGAGGCUCUCGAAGAUCGAGUCAGUAGCUUGCAAGACGAGAUUAAGAGCAUGCGCCAGCAGCUGUCGCGUGAGCAACAGCAGGGUGAUGCGUUGCGUGCACGCUGCGAGCACUUGCAGAGUCGGAAUGAUAAUCUCUCUCAGGAGGUAGAUAGCUUUCAAAUCACCUUGCGCAAGGAGCGUCUGCAGUGGGAGUCCACGACCAAUCAGGUACAAGCCGAAUUAGAGACCUUUCAAAACACAGCGCAGGGUGAACGGCAACAACUCAAGGCUGAGGUGGACCGUCUGAGGCGCGACAUGGAAGAUGCAGAGAACAAAGUUGUGCGCCUGGAAGGUGAUCUUCAGCGGGCGACACAGGAUGGCAAUGCUGCGCGACGCGAAGCCGAGAUGCUGCGGGACGAUCUGGCGCAAGCCGAGGAGCGCCACGCCGCCGAAUUUGAGGCCCAGGCAGCGACUCUGCGGGCUCAGCUCGAGGCCCAAUUCCAUACCCGUCUGGCAGAGCAACAGGACAAGGCCGCGCAGGCGGAAAUGCAGGCCUUGGAAACACAUCAAGAGCAGCUCACCUCCAUCACCAAACGCCAUCAGCAAGAACUGGAAAAACAACAAGAUGAUUUCUCCCGCGAGGAGGCGGCUUUGCGACGUGAUUUUACGCAGACGAUCCGCGAGCGCGAUGAAUUGGUAGCGCGCCUCGAGGCCAGUUGCGCCAAGCUGCAGCUGGCUGCAGACACCCACAAAGCACACGCUCAAGAGGUGGUGACCAGUCAUGCACACCUAGCACGUCAGCUGCAGCAACAGCUUGAUGCACACCACCACGGCUACCGCACGAUCUUGCAGCAGAUUCAGACCUCUGGUUCAGAGCCAGUAAGUGAGCCAUCUAUGGCGACAGCUGCACCCUUAUCGCUGGGCGAUUUGACGCGAGAGACACGUUCGGGUGCUGCAUUGGGGGCCGAGACCGAGCACGCGUCUACCAGCGUCACGGAGCACCGUCUGGACUUUGACCAGCAACUGGGCGCUGCUGCAUCUCCCGAGCAGCAGCGCCGCACUCGCAUGCAAAAUACGCCCUCCCAAGGCCAACAAGAGCACCGAAGCGCAGCUGGUGGGCAUCCUCAAGCAAGUGGAACAACCGGCAGCAUUGCUAACCCCCGUCGCGACUACGACAAGCCUUGGCUAUCCCACAUGUCCAACUCACAGCCACGCACUGACGGAUCCGCUCCAACGGCCACAUCGACCUCCCGAGCAUAA